AUUUGCAUACGUAAUUGAUUCAGGCGAACAGGUAGUACAUGCAUGCAAUGAUGAUAGGCAUACAGACUGUCGCUGUAAAUCUCCAUGCGAGUAAAUAUGCGUUAGAACGAAGCUCAGGGAAACAGAAAAUAUCUAAUUUAGUUGCUUGAGGGGAGCCUGAGAAAUCAACAAGAAUGGCAGCCUCCGAAGCGACGAGUUUCCCUUAUAAAUUAGAACUUGAGCCCCAGAAACAAAGUGUUUUUGUCACGCAGCUAGGAGAGCGAGGUGAUGAAGAAGAUGACAAUGUCAACAGAUAUCCGAUUGUGAAAGAGUCUGCAGGCAAACUCAUAGAGACUGGACUCAACACACUACAGAAGACUCUGCUCCUUAAACGAGAAGUAGAGGUCGAUGAUGUCACGCAAGAACUCCGAACUAAACGCAUCCAAUUCCAGAAGCGGAUGGAAGAGUGCGAGAAGAAGAGGGUAGAUCUACAGAAAAAACAACAGUUGAUGAAAGACAGAGUGGAAAAGUUUGACAAAUUCAUCUCAGAGACGGAGGCCAAGAGGAGAAGAGCAAUCCAUAAAUACCAACAGGAACUAAAAGUCAAAGAACAGAAACAAUCAGAAUAUGAACUACUUCUUCAGCAGUUGGAAGAGUUAAAAACAAGACAUAACAAGCUCAAUGAAAAGAUCAAGAAAUACAAAAAGUUUGAAGAAUUCCUAAUGAAAGUACUCGACAACAUUCCAGAAAAUUAUUUGGAAGUUAAUGACGACAUGUUGAGGAGCAUUAUGGACAGACAUCGGACUCUGAGUUUUACCAAUUAUUCCCUGGUCAAUAGAGUCCAGUCCAUGUACGAUGAGGUGGAUGAGAAAAACCUUCAUUUAGAUGAACUCAAGUACAAACAUGAUCAGAGCAUACUGGUGAUCAACAAGGAUCUAGCAGAAAUGCAGCAUCUACAGGAGGAGAGGAUUGAUGUGAAUGCUGAGCUUGAGGAAAUGAUCUUUAAUGAUGCAUUCGCUUAUCGAGACCAGAGUGAGACCUUGGGAAGAAUAAAGAUGGCAAUCAACAACCUGUUGGAGAAAUGCCACAAGAAACAUGAUGAACCAAUGGAGACGCUAGACUAUGAAGAGAAGCUUCAUUUGAUCAUGAAUUUUGUAGUAGACAAGAUCCAUGUUGAGAGGAUGGCCAGGCAAGGCUUUGUUGUUUCAUCCGCAUCAUCAGGUAAACGAGAGAGAUCAAGAACAAAACUAGAGCGAACAUGAGAGUGUACUCCCUUUCAGGCGACCCAGAGUGGUGUCAGAAGUACAUGUUUGUAAUUGGUCAGUUAUACCAUGGAGUAUCAUGUAGUCCCUUCAUUGGUUCUGUGUACAGAGAGAAUUAUCAGAGGCGUGCUCUUCUCCGAUGUGGUUAAUAAUGUCAUUUAAUAAUAAUAAUCCGCUUUUAUAUAGCGCUUGAUAAUCGGAACGACGUGUCAAAGCGCUUUACAGAUAUAUUAUUACCCCGGUCAUCGGAUUCAAUCAGUCAUUCCCACACUCAAUGUGUGCACAUCCUCCACUCCCUGGGGAGUAAGUAUUUGAUUGGCUCAUAGCUAUUCAUGGUAUCACUCUUACUGUACAUCCACCCUGAGGUGUCCAUUUUAAAGAGACUCUUCAACCUAUUAAAGAUACUUUAUUAAUAUGUGAUCCCAUCUCCCAUCAUUUGUGAAUGUUUUUGGCCGUAUGCCUCCUUGGUCUGCAUCAUUGUCAUCGAAAGAGCAAAGUUGGUAUUGGCAUCAUAAUUGGUGUCAAUGUCAUUGUAUAUGGCAUCAGAUCAAACGAUUCUGUGUUCAGAAAUACUUUGAAGGACUGGGACCCAUUUUACAAAGCAUAAUUGAUAUAAUCACUCUCAACGAUGAGUAAAUCCUCAUGCAUUUUAUCCAUCAGUAUGAUUCUUCUUGAUUACAAAGGGAUAUGUGUACAGACAAAGAAUUAUGGCAUUCCAUAGUUGAGACUGAUUGGAUCAAUCACUUUCCUUUGUGAGACAAGGCUGUGGGCUCAGAUCUCAAUCUACAUGUUCUGUAAUUGGAAAUGUGGAUCAUUAUGAUGGUGUAAAGUAAUAGUCAUGAAUGUUUCUUUGCUUAAGAGCAUGAUUUGUUUAUCACCAUUAUUUUUUAAUUAUUUCUUCUUUUUUUUUUGCAUUUCUGGUGGUCACAUAGCCAUGAAUGCACAAGACAUCUGUCAUAUUUGCUACUCAAUUUUUAUUUUAUUUUGGAAAAUUUAAUCACUAUUGUAUGCAUGGAAAAUGUUAGCUCUUUCGUGUUCAUAUCAUUUUUCAGACCUAGUGUUCAAAUUGUAACAAAGAUCACGUUUUCCUACAUAUACAGUACAUGUAUAUGUAACAAGUGGUUUAAUUCCAAGAUAUGUAAACCCUUUCUUUUUCAGAACACUGCAUUACUGCAUUGGGGGAAAAAAAAUGCUCACUUCAUUCAUUGUUCAUAUUUUUACUAUACUGCACAAAUAAAUUUUGAACUCUAAUCAUGAUUGUUAUUCAAUUUAUUGAAAUUAUUUAUAUAAAACUGUCCAUGUGAAAUGCUUGUGUAUUAAAGUGAUCAAAGGAAUGAACAAAUUUAUUGUGAUCAAAGUAUAUAUGCAUGUAUUCUAUUAACAAAGCUUAAAUACAAUCAUGAAGCAAAUCUUAUGAUGUAAAAAUCAUGGAUCAAGACGUAGUGUUGUAAGUCUGUUUCAAAUCAAUUCAAUAAACAUGGCAGAUAUAUGGGCGAUUUCAGAUAGUGUUGGAUGUUAAGAGAGCAUUGGUCGGGCUGCUAAUCUGAACUCCAAAAUAGACUUUGAAUUUUUGAGUUUCUAUGAUCGCUUAACCCUAUCUAGGCUGGGGUAUUUUGGGAGUUCAUAUGGCCGAGGGGGGGGGCCUCUCAGCCCCCCCUGAGAUCUCUGCCGUUGGCCGCGCGAUCGCACCGAAAAUUGGCUUGCAGGUUGUCUUGGAUAUGAUCUACAAAGCUGUAUAGUAAUUUAUUUCAUGCAAAUUGCUAUUAAGUGAUUAUGCUAAUUUAUGCAUAAUUAGUAUGCAAAAUCAUACUUUUCCCUCUAACUCCCUAAUAAAGCUCCAAAUGUUCCAAUUUCUGGUAAAAAAACUCUUUUUGGUGUUCCUAGUAAGUGUACAGAAAAAACAUUGCGAUAUCAGAUCAAUUUCUUAUGUAUUUUAUUGUUUUUUGCAAUUUCUUACGUAUUUCUUUGUUUUUCAUUGUUUUUUCAAUAAAAUUUGUUGGGGAUUCUUCUUAGAUCAUAAACAGCAUAAAAUAAAUACAUUUAGACCAGCAAAACUAAAAGUAAUCGUACAUUUAUGAUUUUUGGUUGAAAACACUAUUUGCAUUGACUUUGUACACAAAAUCAUGUUUUUGAGCAAUUUUUGGUCUGACAUGCACUUACAUAAUGUUGCGUAAUUUCAGAAGCACGUACCCGGGUGACGCAAAACUGGUCUCAAAAGUUGCGCAAGACUUGAAAGUAAAAAGUCAGUGGCGGCGCGGUCAAAAAAUUUCGCGCGGCGAAAAUAUUGCGCGAAUCGUUGAGGGGGGCCUCUGAGGCCCCCCCCCUGGCCUGGAUAGGGUUAAAGCUCAACACCAAGUGAUAUUAAUCUUAACAGCAGCCUCUCCUCAAGUUUAACGUUGCGUGUGUUUUUAUUUUGACCUAGAACCCCAAAACAACAUUCAACACCUUGAGUGAGAUCACACACCUUAGUUCACUUUAGAUCUACACCAUUUACUUAUAUUUAGUUUUCAAUUACUGAAUUUAAAUUUCUUGCUUUAAGCAUAAAAAUAAUUUUUUAUAACUGAGAUUCUGAGUAAUUUGUAGCUUUCUAUCUUUAAUUUCUUUUUAAAUAUGUCAUUUUUCAAUCAAUUCAAUCACAAAAAUAAUUGUAUCAGGAGAGAUGUUACAUUGCACUUUAUAAUUAUAUUCAAGAGGUAUUUAUAAUAUUUUCAAGAAAAUCUUCACAUUUUGUUUGGUAAAAAACAUGUCAGGGGCCUGUUUCAUACAGGACUUGUAACUGUUGUAACUUUGCCAUAAUGGCAACUACCAUGGUAACAGGGCUCAGCAGCCAAUCAUAAUUAAGGUUUCCAUGGUAGUUGCCACAAUGGCAAAGUUACAACAGUUGCAAGUCCUUUAUGAAACGGGCCCCUGAUGUGUAAUACAAGUGGUAUUGAGAACAGUGUUAUGUUCUGUAUUCAAUUUUGAAUCCUUUGUCUCAUUAAUAUCUUGGAUUUUUUGUGAGGAAUCCUACAUUUAAUUUCUUACAUUGGCAAUAAAUAAGGAGACACAGAAAUAUUCUUUUAUUGUUCAAAAUUGUGAAAUCAUACAUUGUCUUUACAGGCAUUAUAUCCUCAAUAAUAUCUUUUACAUGCUGCAAUAGUAAUUCCAAGUUUGAGGAUAUAAUUUGAUUGAAUGAACACUAUCUUUUUUUUCCUAGAAGAAUUUAUUGAUAAUAAAUUUUGUAUAAGUUAAUUUUUUUUAAAGUCAUGUAUCAGUAAGUGUACUUAGCUGUACAAAAGUAUUAAAGAGAACCUUACACUUUAGGGGCCCUUUCAUUAUCUUUAUCUAUAGUUAAAUAUUUUUGGUAUAAAAUAUUUAAAUUUUGAGCAAAGAAAGAAAGAACACAAACUCCAACUAUGCAUAAAUAUGUCCAUGUUAAAGUCUUGCCAGUACUGAAUUGUAAAUUUUAAAUGUGUAUAUAUGUUUUAACUAUUUCUAGUGCCUAUAUAUCUCAAGCAUGAAUACUUUGUUUGAUCAUAGGUUUGAUGCACCAUGUUUUGACUCAUGCCCACACUUUUUUGUUUACUUUUUAUUAUUUUCAAUGGGCAUUUUGGUUUCAUCUUCAGUCCAUUUGUUUUUCCAAAAAAAAUGUUAAUAUGCCCAAAAGAGGAAGCUUCUUUUCUUUGUACCUGUACAUCUAUUUUCACCAUGAUCAAUUCAAGAGACAUGUAUCAUAAAUUGAAGGAGAUUUUGGGGUGCAUGAGGAUAUGUGUCCCCCCCCCCCCAUCCAAAAAAUAAUUUGCUAAACACUUAUUGAUCAAUUAUCUGUGCCACCCACCCCCAAUUUUACAAAAAAACUGGAUCCAACCGUUCAUCAUGAACUUUCCAUAAAGUCCCUCUAAUAAUCUCCCUUUCAAAGACUAGAUAUCAUUGCGAAAUAAAAAAUAAUUCUGUCACAGUUUACCUGAUUACAAAUUGAUUUCACUUGCCAUAAUAUGCUUAAUUUAAUUUAAUUUCCUCUUUUUCUUUAAAUAAUUUUUUUGUCUAAGUCAAUGGAGUUUCCCUGACUGUUGUAUUAAGCAAUUGGUCUAUUGAAAUAUCACAUGUAGAAAUUAUAAUGCUCUCCUUUUCUACUUUUUUUUCUUUUUCAUAAAAUCAGGAAACCUCACUAUGCCCAUUCUGAACAAUUCCUUCAAAGGCAACCAGGAAUGUUUCAUAUUAUAUCUAUAUAUGUAAUAUAGAUAAGUGUAUCUUGGUAUGUUUCACAUGUAAAAAUAAAGUAACCAAUACUCAA